AGUGGGCGGAGCCAAGAUGGCUGAGGAGACGCUUGAGUCGAAAAUUCAAUAUUCUGCAUCUGCUGAAUCUCAAAAACCCAGGCAGAAAAAAGUUUUCGGAGGACACAACAUCUUUGUUUGUAUGUGGUGCUGAGGAUCGAACCCGGGCCGCACGCAUGCCAGUCAUAAUAUGCUCUCUAGUCCCAGACUUUCCUAUUUUGGAGAAGCAGAACUGGUUGAUACAUCUCCACUAUAUCCGGAAGGAUUAUGAAGCAUGCAAGGCCAUUAUCAAAGAACAGCUUCAGGAGACUCAGGGGUUGUGUGAGUAUGCUAUCUAUGUCCAAGCAUUGAUAUUUCGCCUGGAAGGAAACAUUCAGGAAUCCCUAGAACUCUUUCAGACAUGUGCGAUUCUUAACCCUCAGUGUGCUGAUAACCUCAAGCAGGUGGCCAGAUCUUUAUUUCUUUUGGGAAAACAUAAAGCUGCCACUGAAGUGUAUAAUGAAGCAGCUAAACUGAACCAGAAAGAUUGGGAAAUCUGCCAUAAUCUAGGAGUUUGCUACAUUUAUCUGAAGCAGUUCAAUAAGGCACAAGAUCAGCUGCACAAUGCCCUACAGCUUAACAGGCAUGAUCUGACUUACACAAUGCUGGGGAAGAUUCACUUGCUGGAGGGAGACUUGGACAAGGCCAUAGAAAUCUACAAGAAAGCAGUGGAGUUCUCACCAGAAAACACAGAACUUCUUACAACUUUAGGGUUGCUGUAUUUACAGCUUGGUGUUUACCAGAAGGCAUUUGAACAUCUUGGAAAUGCACUGACUUAUGACCCCACCAACUAUAAGGCCAUCUUGGCAGCAGGCAGCAUGAUGCAGACCCAUGGGGACUUUGAUGUUGCCCUCACCAAAUACAGAGUUGUAGCUUGUGCUGUUCCAGAAAGUCCUCCACUCUGGAAUAAUAUUGGAAUGUGUUUCUUUGGCAAGAAGAAAUAUGUGGCAGCUAUCAGCUGCCUGAAAAGAGCGAACUAUUUGGCACCCUUCGAUUGGAAGAUCCUGUAUAAUUUGGGCCUUGUCCAUUUGACCAUGCAGCAGUAUGCAUCAGCUUUCCAUUUCCUCAGUGCAGCCAUCAACUUCCAGCCAAAGAUGGGGGAGCUCUACAUGCUCUUGGCUGUGGCUCUGACCAAUCUGGAAGAUACAGAGAAUGCCAAGAGAGCCUACGCAGAAGCAGUUCUCCUGGAUAAGUGUAACCCUUUAGUAAACCUGAACUAUGCUGUGCUGUUGUACAACCAGGGUGAGAAGAAGGAUGCCCUGGCCCAGUAUCAGGAGAUGGAAAAGAAAGUUAACUUUCUCAAGGAUAAUAGCUCUCUGGAAUUUGAUCCUGAGAUGGUGGAGAUGGCUCAGAAGUUGGGAGCUGCUCUCCAGGUAGGGGAGGCACUGGUCUGGACUAAACCAGUUAAAGAUCCCAAAUCGAAGCACCGAAUCAGUUCAACUGGAAAACCUGCUGGUUUCCAACAGCCUCUGGGCUCCAAUCAAGCUCUUGGACAGGCAAUGUCUUCAGCAGUUGCAUAUAGGAAGCUCCCUUCAGGUGUUGGUGGAACAUCCCAGCUCACAAAGCCACCAUCUCUUCCUCUGGAGCCAGAGCCCAUUGUGGAAACAUCAGAGCAAACAAGAGAAAAAUAGGAGCAGGAUGACCCUGGAGUAGGGGUUUCUGGGUGAGGAGGUACUGGACCAAGGAAUGUUAUAUGAUCAGGCAUCGUGGAGGCCAGCACUAUUCCCUGUGAGCACCACUGAAUUAGAACACAGGGUAUUACCAUGCUCACGAGGAACCUAAGGCCUGUGCAGCCCUUUAUUGGCCCGAUCCACCAGGACAUGAGGAAAAGACAGUCUAGUAGAUUAAGAUUUGGAGCAAGGCGUCGGCUGUAUGUGAAACUUAAGAGCUAGCAAGGCACACGAGCUGUUUGGUUUUAAAAGAACUUUUAUCUCCUGGUUGAUUCUCCACUUCCUUCAUGCAAGGAAAGGCUGAGAGACCUCUGUGUAGUAGCUCUGUGAUACUGAAGCUGUUGAGAGCCACAGCCAAAGGGGCCCCAGCAAACUUCCAGCUGCCAGCAAACUUCCAGCUGCUGGCUGAUGAUUGGCUCACAGCGGCCCCAGCAACAUCUAGCUGAUUGGCUCCUCGGCCCCAGCAACAUCUAGCUGAUUGGCUCCUCUGCGGUGAUGCUCAUUGGGCUGUUUCCCUGCCCUUUCAGACCACGGAGCUGCUCAUUGGGGGACUUUUUUGGCUCCGCCCACGUGACCCAGCCAAUCGGCCUGAAGAGCAGGAGGAUUGUGGGAGGUGGGGAGAAGCUUGUGGGGGGGGGAGAGAGAGGCUUGUGGAAAGCCGGUGGUGGCAGUUGAGGCUCUGAGGGUUUUUCCUGAGAGGCUAUUUUGUUUGGCGUGUGUGGUUCUAAAAAUAAAGUUAGUUUCUUUUGACAAGUGGCUCCUGAUUGUGCCCAGCCAGACUGCGGCAGAAGCCAUGGCUUAACUGGGAUGAUCUUCAGACUGUGGGGUAAUCCAUCUUCAAGGCAAACAUAAAUCUUGGAUUGAUAAUAUAGUUUUUUCACAGUCUGAAAGAAAUGAUGAAAAAAAAUGCUAAGUUGAGGCCAGACUGGUAAGUAUCCAGCUGCAUUUGCCCAAAGGGAAUUCAAUAAGUAUUUGGUUCUUGCAAGAGGUCAGAGUCUAGAACCAGAUCAUGUCAGAACUAGGAGCCAUGAGCUGGUCGGGUAUCAGCACCAAGGAUUUUUUAAAAAGGGAAAAACUUCUUAGCUGAGAAAUUUUAGUAUAAGACAAUCAAUGAUAAUAACCACUAACCAGAUGCUAUCAAUAUAUUAUCUAUAUGUCCUUUAUAAGAUUAUGUAUCAUUAUUCCUUUGGGGAAAGUUGUAACUCAGGUGUAAAAAUAAGAGAUCACAUUAAAAUGUUUAAAAAACUA